AUGCCCAAGUAUAUCACAGGCACCUUAGUCUCUAUCAACAUAUGCAUGAAAGUCACCCAGUACAACCAACUUCUCAAAGGCAUUGAUGGAAUACGUUUUGUUCAGCUGACUGAUUUUGAAAAUGCAGCCUUUGUUGUAUUCAUGCUUCUUCUUACACGUACUAUAGUUACUUUCAAACUGAACCUUUUGAUCCUGAUAACAAAGGUUGAUGAAAACUUCCCACCAGCACAAAAGCCAGAUGCCAUUAAUAAAGAGAAAUUUCAUUUCAGAAAAGAUGUUCAAAAAGAAUCUUCUGAACUAACUCAGGAUAUUUACAGUUUGAUGACUUUAAAUGAAAUCAUGAAUGGAAAGGAUGAUUUCCCUGGUUUAAUUCCUCUCAUACACAAAUAUCUUGAUUAUAUUGACUAUGAUUUCAGCAAAAGACCUAAAAUAAUGCAAUACCUGAAAUACAUCUCAGACAAACUGCAGGAAAGAUAAUGACAAUGGCCCAAUGGACAAGGCAAUUUGUUACAAAUCAUGAAGAGUACAAGAAUGAUUCUUUUGUCAGUGACAGAAUCACAUACGAUUUUAUUAUGGAAUGUGAAAAGAUUGUCAACAAUGAAGAAGGACUUCCACAACCAUUUAUCAAGUGUUAACAAAAUUCUGACAACUUCAUCUGUUACGAGCUACAAUCAGCCUAAACUACAAAACUGUGCCCCCCCCCCAACUUUGUCUCCUGAUAACUUAUAGAACAAUGGAUAUUCUUUUAACCACAUUUUCAGCAAAUACACUUCAGAUGCUUUAGAUUAUCAUUAUAUCAGAAUUUGAUGUGAAAAAAAUUCUUUC